AAUCCGCAAUAUUGAGGUGAAAGGUCAAAACAAAGAUGGCGAACAUCACGAGAUUUUUUGUCUUCCUGUCGUGUUUUUGUUUUGCCAGCCGUGUUGGGAGCGCUUCAGGGAACAGAAACGUCCUCGUCAUUAUAGGUGACGAUGCAGGUUUUGAGAUGCAGGUGUACAACAACACGGUGUGUAAGACCCCUCACCUGAACAGCCUGGCCAGCCGCAGCCUGACCUUCACACAAGCCUUCACCUCUGUCAGCAGCUGUUCACCCAGCCGCUCCGCCAUCCUCACAGGUCUUCCCCAGCACCAGAAUGGCAUGUAUGGGUUGCACCAGGGCUACCAUCACUUCAACUCUUUUGACACUGUCAGAAGCUUACCUCUCCUGCUCAAUCAAUCUGGAAUAAGAACAGGGAUUGUAGGUAAGAAGCAUGUUGGUCCCGAGUCCGUGUACCCUUUUGAGUUUGCUCACACUGAGGAGAACAACCACAUCAUGCAGGUGGGCAGGAACAUCACCCUCAUCAAACUCCUGGUCAGGAAGUUCCUGCAGCAGAAGGAUGACAGGCCCUUCUUCCUGUACAUCGGAUUCCAUGACCCUCAUCGCUGUGGCCACACCAACCCGCAGUUCGGGAACUUCUGUGAGAAGUUUGGUAACGGGGAGCCGGGCAUGGGGCUGAUUCCUGACUGGACUCCUGUGCACUACUCCCCAGAGGAAGUGGUGGUGCCUCCGUUCGUACAGGACACGCCAGCGGCAAGGAGUGACCUGGCAGCUCAGUACACAACCAUCAGCAGGUUGGAUCAAGGUAUUGGCCUGAUCCUACAGGAACUACAAGCUGCCGGCCACGACAAGGACACGCUGAUCCUGUACAGCUCCGACAACGGCAUCCCCUUCCCCAACGGUCGCACCAACCUCUACAACUCUGGCAUGGCGGAACCCCUUCUCCUGUCCUCCCCCCUCCACACCUCGCGCUGGGGUCAAACCACCGACAGUUUUGCCAGCCUGCUGGAUGUCGUGCCAACAGUACUGGACUGGUUUGGGCUGGAGUAUCCAGAGUACGAGAUAUUUGGUAAGAACAAGUUAGUGAAGCUGACGGGGAAGUCUCUCCUGCCAGCACUGAAGGAAGAACAGUCGUGGAACACGGUCUACGCAAGCCAUGACCUUCACGAGGUCACCAUGUUCUACCCCAUGAGGAUUAUAAGAACAGGAGACUAUCACCUCAUCCAGAACCUCAACUUUGCCAUGCCCUUCCCCAUCGAUCAAGACUUCUACCUCUCCCCAAGCUUUCAGGACCUUUUGAACAGGACUAGGAAGGGGCAACCCUUGCACUGGUUCAAAACGCUGAAAAACUACUACUACCGCCCUCAAUGGGAGCUGUAUGACCUAAAGAGCGAUCCACAGGAGACCGUUAACCUAGCGGAUAACAGUGACUACCGUGACGUGUUGCAGGAGCUGCGCAGCCAGCUGCAAGCCUGGCAGAAAGUGACCUAUGACCCCUGGAUUUGUGCUCCUUGGGGAGUUUUGGAGGACGAAGGCCCAUAUAAGGACAACCCCGUCUGUAUGAGUAUGGACAAUGGAACAUGAGAGAGUUCUUACCAUAGUCGCACAGUCGUUACACAGCAAAGUA